CGCAAAAGCUUGAUACACAUCACUAGGGCCAGGCGGCCAGCCAGCUAGCUAGCAGUAGUACUUGCAUCGCGCGCCGUAUAUAUAUAUGCAUCGAUCUAUCUAGCUCGAUCCAUCGUCUCCCCUUGAAUCUUGGUCUGCUCCGGCGAGAAAUUAAAGCCCCGUUCAUCUGGAGACAAACACAGCACGGCUCUCACUGACGCAAGGUUCAGGUAGGUAGCUAGCUAGAGAUCGAUGGAAGAAGACGAAGGCAGCGCGCAGGAGUUCACCAAGGACGGCUCCGUCGACCUCCGCGGCCGGCCGGCCGUCGCCGCGCGCACCGGCCGCUGGAAGGCGUGCUCCUUCUUAGUGGGGUACGAGGCGUUCGAGCGGAUGGCGUUCUACGGGGUGGCGGCGAACCUGGUGGUGUACCUGACGACGGUGCUGCGGGAGGAGACGGUGGCGUCGGUGCGCAACGUCAACAACUGGACGGGCUCCGUCUGGAUGACCCCCAUCGCCGGCGCCUACCUCGCCGACGCCUUCCUCGGCCGCUUCUGGACCUUCACCUUCUCCUCCCUCCUCUACCUCACCGGCAUGGUCCUGACAACGUUGUCCGUCUCCCUCAAGGCGCUGCACCCACAGUGCACGCCCGACGGCGGCUGCGCGCCGGCGACGAGGUCGCAGGUGACCUUCUUCUACGCGGCGCUCUACACCAUGGCCAUCGGCGCCGGGGGCACCAAGCCCAACAUCUCCACGUUCGGGGCGGACCAGUUCGACGACUUCGACGCGCGGGAGCGCAAGACCAAGGCCUCCUUCUUCAACUGGUGGAUGUUCAGCUCCUUCACCGGCGGCCUCGUCGCCGUGCUCGUCCUCGUCUACGUCCAGGAGAACGUCGGCUGGGGGGUCGGCUACACCAUCCCCACCGUGGGGCUCGCCCUCUCGCUGCUGCUCUUCUACGUCGGCACGCCGUUCUACCGGCACAAGCCUGUCCGCAAGGACACGGCCGCCGGACCGGCGAGGCUCGUAGCGAGGGUGCUCCGGGCGGCGUUCGCGAACCGGAGGCGCCAGCUGCAGCAGGUGCAUGACGACGACGUCGCCGGUGAGCUGCACGAGCAUGACGCGGCGUGGUACGCCGCCGCCGGGACGAAGCGGCGGCUGCACCGCACGCGCGGGUACAGGUUCUUGGACAAGGCGGCGCUGGUCGGAGCGCCGUCGGCGGCGUGCACGGUGACGGAGGUGGAGGAGGUGAAGCUGAUCGCCGGCAUGAUCGUGGUGUGGCUGACGACGCUGGUGCCCUGCACCAUCUGGGCGCAGGUGAACACCCUGUUCGUGAAGCAGGGCACCACCCUGGACCGCGCCGUCGGCGGCGUCCGCAUCCCGGCGGCCUCCCUCGGCAGCUCCAUCACCAUCUCCAUGCUCCUCUCCAUCCCGGUGUACGACCGCGUGCUGGUGCCGCUCGCCCGCCGCCGCACCGGCGACCCGCGCGGCAUCACCCUCCUGCAGCGCCUCGGCGUCGGGUGCGCGCUCCAGGCGGCGGCGGUGGCGUGCGCCUACCUCGUGGAGCUCCGCCGCAUGCGCGUGAUCCGCGCCCGCUCCGCCCACGGCGCGCACGACACGGUGCCGAUGAGCAUCUUCUGGAUGCUGCCGCAGUACGUCCUCAUCGGCGUCGGCGACGUGUUCAGCUCCGUCGGCAUCCUCGAGUUCUUCUACGAGCAGUCGCCGCAGGGGAUGCAGAGCCUCGGCACCACCUUCUUCACCAGCGGCCUCGGCGUCGGCAACUUCCUCAACAGCCUGCUCGUCACCGUCGUCGACCGGGUCACCAGGGGCGGCGACGGCGGCGGGAAGAGCUGGAUCGGCGACAACCUCAACGACUCGCACCUCGACUACUACUACAUCUUCCUGCUGCUGCUCGCGGUGCUCAACCUGGCGGUGUUCGUGUGGGUGGCGACGAGGUACGAGUACAAGAAGGAGUACUUGUCGGACGACGCCGUCGUCGGGACGGCGCCGCCGGAGACGGAGAUGGCCGGCGGCAAGGGGAAGGUGGUGGAGAGGAGCAAGGUGAUCGACGAGGUGGAAGUGGAAGGCGCGCGUGCCGUAUAAUUUUCGAUUGAUACCUUCGUAUAGAUCAGUAUAUACGUAUAUGUAAGAGAAUACGUAUAAUGGGCCGAGAUUAAGUAGGCGAAGGAGCAGGCCGUGGAGGAUUGGCGAUAAGGCCCAAAUCGCAAUUAAUUGAGAUUGGGCCACCAGACUAUGUUUUGAUGGGCUGUCAGCCGGGAUAAGUUGGGCCGUAUUUUCUCUUUGUUCUUCUACUUUUUGUAUUUGUCUUUGUCUGGCAAAUCUUUUAAUAGUGCAACGAAAUAUCAUGAACUUGUCCGUGCUUCCU